GCCUAGCUUGCCCUUCGCCAUAGCCGCCGAGCCCCGCCCCUUUCCCCUCUCCUUCCCUCCCCAUUGGGCCGGAGGAAGAAGAGGACCCAAGAGGAGAACGCGAAGGCGGGAGGUAGCAGGUUCGGUUGCGCCGAGUUCCGCGUCCGUUCGGCGACUGGUGAGGAGGAGCGCCUGUCAUGGAGGAGCUGCGCUGGCAGCGGGGCGCGGCGCCUGUAGCCGCUCCGAGAACGACCCCACCGUCGUCUCCGCUGAGAGAAGGAAACUGAGUCGAAUAUUUGCUUUGAGAAGUCACGUGGUAAAAAUUCAUGCUGUACACAGAGAUUGCAGAGACUGGCUUCAAGUGUGGUUCCACUUACUCUGCUACUUGUGAUUCUGAAGAAGAAAUAUAAGUGAGAGGAAAAGACUAAAUGGAUCUAAAGACAGCGGUAUUUAACGCAGCUCGUGAUGGCAAGCUGCGGCUGCUCACCAAAUUGCUGGCAAAUAAAAGUAAAGAAGAGGUGGCCUUGCUGAUGUCAGAAAAAACUAAUGGAGCCACACCUCUUCUCAUGGCAGCUCGCUACGGGCACCUCGACAUGGUAGAACAUCUACUCGAACACUGCAGUGCUUCAAUAGAAGUUGGUGGCUCUGUUAAUUUUGAUGGUGAGACUAUUGAAGGUGCCCCACCAUUAUGGGCAGCAUCAGCGGCUGGCCAUUUGAAGGUGGUCCAGUCUCUGUUAAAUCAUGGCGCAUCUGUCAACAACACAACUUUGACAAACUCAACACCUCUUAGAGCUGCCUGUUUCGAUGGCCACCUAGAUAUUGUGAAGUAUCUUGUGGAGCAUAAAGCUGACUUGGAAGUAUCAAACCGCCAUGGGCAUACAUGCCUUAUGAUAUCUUGUUAUAAAGGACAUAAAGAAAUUGCGGAAUAUUUGCUUGAGAAAGGAGCUGAUGUAAACAGAAAAAGUGUCAAAGGAAACACGGCAUUGCAUGACUGUGCAGAAUCUGGUAGUCUGGACAUUAUGAAGAUGCUUCUCAAAUACUGUGCAAAGAUGGAAAAAGAUGGUUAUGGAAUGACUCCUCUUCUUUCUGCAAGUGUUACAGGGCACACGAACAUUGUUGACUUCUUGACCCAACAUGUGGAGACAAGCAAAGCAGAACGCAUCAAUGCACUGGAACUUCUAGGAGCCACAUUUGUGGACAAAAAGAGAGAUUUGCUUGGUGCUCUGAAAUACUGGAAAAGAGCCAUGGAUAUGAGGUACAGUGAUAGGACUAACAUCCUCAGCAAGCCUGUGCCUCAAGCUUUAAUAAUGGCUUACGAUUAUGCCAAGGAAGUGAACAGUACUGAAGAGUUGGAAAACCUAAUUGCAGACCCUGAUGAGAUGAGAAUGCAGGCAUUGUUAAUUAGAGAACGUAUUCUUGGCCCUUCUCAUCCAGAUACAUCUUACUAUAUUCGGUACCGAGGAGCUGUCUAUGCAGACUCUGGCAACUUCAAACGGUGCAUCAAUCUGUGGAAGUAUGCUCUGGACAUGCAGCAGAACAAUUUGGACCCCCUGAGCCCUAUGACUGCAAGCAGCCUCUUGUCAUUUGCUGAACUCUUCUCCUUCAUGCUGCAAGACAGGGCAAAAGGCUUAUUGGGUACAACUGUUACCUUUGAUGACCUUAUGGGUAUACUGUGCAAAAGUGUUCUUGAAAUAGAACGUGCCAUCAAACAUACUCAAUGUCCACCUGACCAAAUACAGCUCCACAAAGCCCUUUCCAUCAUCUUGCAUUUAAUUUGCUUGCUGGAAAAAGUUCCUUGUAGUCCUGAACAAGAUCAUUUUAAGAAGCAGACUAUAUAUCGGUUUCUUAAGCUACAUCCUAAGGGAAAAAAUAACUUUAGCCCACUCCACCUUGCUGUCGACAAGAACACCACAUGUGUUGGGCGUUAUCCAGUUUGCAAAUUUCCUUCCUUGCAAGUUACUGCUACGUUAGUGGAAUGUGGUGCUGAUGUCAAUGCUAGAGACUCAGAUGACAACAGCCCUUUACACAUAUCUGCACUGAACAACCAUCCUGAUAUCAUGAAUCUUCUUAUCAAAUCAGGUUCGCAUUUUGAUGCCACAAACUUGCAUAAACAAACUGCUAUCGAUUUGCUGGAUGAGAAGGAAAUGGCAAAGAAUCUGAUUCAGCCCAUCAACCAUACUACACUGCAGUGUCUUGCUGCCCGUGUCAUUGUUAAUCAUUGCAUACAUUACCAAGGGCACAUCCCAGAAAAACUUGAGAACUUUGUUUUACUGCAUAGAUGAUAGUAGGCUCUUCUUCACUGUGGGAGCAUGUGUUAGGAACUUUCACUGUUGCUUUCUCAAGCACUGUUGUGAUAUGCCAGCGAUACACCAUCAUUCAUUCCGCUUGGUCCAUCCUGCUCAUUAGCUAAAGCAUCAUUAAGAAUCAGAUCUGCAGAACCGGUCGCCUAGUAUUUAAAACAAACACCAUAUAAUAUAUUUUGUGGAUUACUUAGAAAUGUAAGGUUAUAUUUGGACUCACUAAAAUUGUCUGCCAAAGGCUCGUCUACUCUGGUUUAGUUUGCCUGUUGGUUGUUUGGGACUGAAUUGAAUAAUUUUCGUGGUAUUGUCUUAUUCUUACUGGUGUGUGAAUUUUAUAUAGUUGAGAAGUCAUCUUUUUGUUCUUGCUUGAGCGUUUCUACUUUUUUUCUAAUUGGUUCAUUGCUGAACUAUACAAGUUGUAUGGACUUGUUAACAUUUGCAAUUACCAUAAGUGCUUUUAUCUUCUCUAUGCACUGGCUUGAACAUGACUGUUUGUGUGUUGGCAUAUUCCUAUGCAUCAGUUGGUCAUUUUAGCUUUGAUACUGUUCUCUUGCAGUUUUUUUUUAGUUCUCUCUCUCUUUCUCGAGAGAGAGAGGGGGGGCCUCUCUCUCAAAUACACCUUUUACAGCAUGACAGUUUUUGAAGACUUCAGUCAGCUGUCCAGCCUCAUUUGACUUUUUACCCCGAGCUGUUUCUGCGGUUGCAUUCUAUUGAUUUUUUUAGAGAUGUGUGCUGAAUUUGGGAGUAAAAUGUGUUCUUGUUGGCAAACCCACUUUAAAUUAAGUCUAAAAGUUAUUUUAAUAUUUCUUGCUGCAAGUGGAGAAAGGCAAUGAGCAACCUUAUUCCCCUCUGCACUCAUGUCUUGCUUGAGCUGAUUGUGUGACUAGACAUAGAGGUGUUUUUUUCCUCAAAUUUAACCUGAAACUUAAUCAUAUGACUCAAUGAGAAGAACUAGAUCAAACAUAGUCUUGAAAUUACAACUCAAGAUUCUUAGCUACGAAAGAAACUAAAGCAUGUUGGCAUGAUGCUUGUCAGUCCAGAUCUAGCUAUCAGCUAGUAUAAUUAAUUAUAUGGUUGUAAUCAGAACCCCUCUGUGGGGGUUUCAGAAGUUUAGUAGUGUCCCCUCUCCUUCAUUUUAAAAUAACUCUUACACAUAAUUUGCAUGCAUUCUAUUCUCCUAAGACCUUUCAGCCAUAUUAUGGAAACAUCAAGAGGCCAUGUGAAAUAUAUAGCCUCUACUGAAAGCUAUCUAUUUUUAUAAUAUUUGCGCAACAGCUUAGCUAUUGCAGCAGAAAGGGCUUUUUAGACUUGAUAAGGAAACCAUAAGUGAAGACUACAAUUGCGAUUAAGAUUCAGGUAACUAAUUCAGCACUUUAUUGUUGACUCAUAAUGGAAUUUACUAUGGCAUAUUAGACCUGCAAAUGUCUUAAAAUAAAAUGGUUCUCAAGAAAAAAAAAUCCUUCAUUUUCUUCUUGGAGUGGAAUACAGUAUAUGUUCCAGUCUAGCUUUCUGGAUGUUCUGAAUUGCCCCUGACUUGGUAUCUUAUUUGGUUUAUAAUAUCUAAUGCCUUUUCAGUUUGGAAAUGCAAUGCAUAGAUUACUAUGAAUAUUGACAAUGUAGGACAAAUUUACAAUGAAAUUGAUGCCUCAAGUCUGGUGUGACUAGUUCAAGGUUAUAUUUUUUGAAAGAUAUGUUAAUUUGAGUAUGUCCACAUCCUCAUAGUUUAUAUACAUUAGUAAUCACAUCACGGCCUUGUUGGUAUCAUCUGAUUGACACAGCUCAGUCAUAAUUUAUCCCAUAGAUUAGUGUUACAAAUUAUGAGAAUCUGUUGAGAGUCUUGGGCUCCUGCUUUUUUCCUUCCUGUUCUCCCUUUUAAGUAAGAAGAUGUGAGCUUUCAAUUUUACUCCCUUAGAUGGUAAGAGAAGAUGGAAUAGAACAUGAAUCCAUUCAACAGACAGUUGCUCAUUUUCUUAAGGCUAAAUCAUGCUUAAGGCUUACAUCUUAACAAGGUCAAUAUCUGUUGUCCGUUAAACACAAAAAUAUUACAAUGAGAAGGAAAAAAAGCAAACUUUUUUGUACAUUGUAUAAUUUUCACAAGUGAAAAUAUAAAUUAUUUCAUAUCCAUAAAAAUAUCUGGUUCAUUUUUUCUCAAACACAAUUGCAUGAAUAUAUGCCCAAGAUUCAUUUUAGAUGGUCAUUUUCACAGUAGUUAAAGCUCAUACUAUUUGAAGACUAAAAGCAUAAAUACACUGAAGAACAUGCUGUUAUUUUUCAUAUCCCUCUCCCAUGCUUACCUGUUUUGCAAGUAGAUACUUCUGAUAACAGAAAGGGCAAAUUCAACCUACUUUAACCAAAAAUAGAGCAUAUGAGAAAAGGGAGACUCUAGAACAUGGUGUCAUCUCUGAUGUUUUAUUUUACUCUGUGACAUUGGAAGGCUUCUGGAAAAUGGAGCACCCCAUGGAUUCGUUUGAUUUCAUGUGUUUAACAAAUAUAAUUUCUGCUGAUAAGUAAAAAAUUAUAAGGAUUGAUCCAGUUAUUCUAACUAGAGUAGACCCACUGAAUAAGUGGAACUUUUUAAUUCAACGCAAGUGCAAGUCCUCCUGAUUUAACUCUUAGUAUUCUAUGAAAAACAUAAGCACAAUUAAUUACUCCUCACUUACAUAGCUUCUUCAUUCUUACCAAUAUUACCUAGACUUCUAAAAUUUAUUUUUAAAAUGGAUGCAUUACAUUUCAGACUUGGAGAUUUCCAAACUUAGAAGGAAAAAUUUGGCUUUCUUGUACUCCUUGUUAUCACACUAAAACCCUCAAGGUAUUUUGAGUGAUCACUUCUGCUGCUCGCUUCUUAGUUUCCUUAUAAACACUCUGAGCAUUCAGUUGCUGCUAUUGUUCCUUACUUGGGAAUCUGGCAUAUCUCUUAAACGUAUGGUACCUGUUUAAAGUGAAAAACAGAAAUGUGUAUUGUUAUUCUCCACUUUGACUUUUGAGUAAAUUACUUCGAUUCAUCAUUUUAUCUGUUCUCCAUUAUUAUAGGAAUGUUUACUAUUUUUGGCAGCAGUAGAAAAAUGUCUGUGCUCUAAAUAGUGACCUGCAAACAUGUGGCCUUAUUUGGUAUAACCAAACACAGUGUAUGUCUGGUUGAUAUUGUCUGGAAGCAAAAAGCCUGAGAGUAGAACUAUAAUAAUAAUAAUAAUAAUAAUAAUAAUAAUAAUAAUAAUAAUACAACAAUUUGUUUUAUAUUCUGUCCCAUCUCCCCGAAUGGAUUCAGGGUGGUGAACACUUUAAAAUACACCACAUUGCCAACCAUCUUUUAACAAGGUUUUUUUUUUUUUGCUCUAGUGGCUUCUAUGUACAUUUAAGGCUGAAUCCAAAUACUGAAAUUAGAACCCUAACCAAUGAUUUAAAAGCAAAAUUCUGUGUCAUAACAGCGAACAAAGAUAUAUUAAGAGACUGUAAGUGGCUUCAGAGUACAGUUAACAACCCUCUAGGAGCCCUUUUACAAACUAAUUUGUUUUUCCUACACUUCAUUCCUCUUGUGCCCAAUUCUCUCAAUACAUGGUGCACAGAACUUGAUAUUCUGAAAUUUUUCUGUCGCACAAUGUCAAAUUGCAAGUCCUUUGAAGCAUGCAGAAUCAUUCUUGCAAUCCUCUAGACUCAAGAAUGUGUUGUUGCAGAAAUUGAAAGGUUUUGUGCAGAAUGCCAACAUUCCCGACAACAGUAAAUAUUGGUUGACCUCAUAAAAAGUGAAGCUGGAACUAUAGAAUUUAUAGUGCAAUAGCAGUGCUGUAAAAUGGUACAAAUAAAUGGAAACAAAUAUCAAUUUGCUAGAAACAUGCCUCAGAUGUCUGUAUAUUAGUCAUGGUCCAGCCUGACUAGCCAUUUCAUAGUUUUAGAGAUCCCUGGUAUUUUCUACAUCUAACUAGUAACUGCUAGUGUAUCAUCCCUGUUCUGAAAAGAUCAAUGGAAUGAAGAUGCUCUUCAAAAACAGGUGCAGCUUAUCUGAUUUUCUGGGGACCCUAAAAGUUCGCUCUGGUAGAAUUAUAAAUAAUAUAUGUGUGUUUGUGUGAUGUUUCAAUAUAGGGUUUGUUAUAGGGCUCUGAUUUAAUGUGAUUCUUGAAAGAAGCAGAGCACAUGAGCACUGAAAUUGCAGACUUCUAAAUUAAGGGCAGUGGAUGGGAUGUUUCCGUAUUUGUGGGACAUGGCUUUGCAAAGAUGCCUGCUAAUAAGUAUUUAAUUGUUUUUUUCCUUUCUACCAGUAGUGAUCUAAUACCAAAAAUGUAAAGAACAAAAUGAAGGCUAUUAUUAUUUCUGUUUAUCAGUUUGAUUAUUAACAUCAAACAAGGCUAUGGAUAUGUUUGUGAGGUUAACUUGUUAAAACUCAGAUGAGUUUAUAUGUAUAUAUAAUUAAAACACUCAGGGCUCUACAUAUGUGCACUAAAGCAUUCAGAUAUUGCACAAAGAAAAGACAUGUUGCAAAGUGAAUUAAUGUUAUAAUUUUGCUUCUGCUUUCAGUUUGUGAGACAAAUGUGUAAACUAUUGAACAUUUCAUCUUCAUUCUUGCUUGUAAGCUGUCUCUCUAGCUAUAAACAUAAUCCUCAAGGUGUUGAACGGAACUUGUUACCUUGUGUAUAGUGUGAUUUCAGAUAUCUGUAAUAUACUAUAGGUGGUGGCACUAGAAGUUGGGUGGGUGUUGACACCUGCAACAAGAUUGGUGAUAUUUGUGGAACGAAGUAUCACACAGUACAACACAUAUGUUAAAGCACAGUGAUGUGUGAGACAAACACUGAUGUCUCUGGCUUCACAAAACAGCUCUUCAUCUCCACAGUGAAAAUGUUGUGGAUUAGUUGCCCAUUUAGCGUGCUGCCUCAAACACAUUGGAGCACCAUCUAGAUGACAUGCCAUUUCUUUCUUUUCAGGAUAUUUCUCCUCUUCCUAAAGGUGAGAAAGUACUGACUCCUCCUGUACUUUUUUGUGUGGUUUCCCCAUCAGCCUUGAGAUUUAGUAAGACCCACAUUGAUACUCACUGAGGUAUUUUCUGAAAGAUUCAGAUAAAAGUGAAAUGAAUAGCAUCAUAUCUUCUUGUAGAAAAUAUGUUAAAAUUUAUCUGAACUUAAUAAACUGGAUAAAUAUAUAGAGAACAAUGCCCAGUAACCUCUAUUAAUCCAAAGUAGCUUAACAGAUUUUUUCUUGUUCACACAAAAUUUUACUGCUAAUAGUCCUUUUCAAGCUUAACCCAGUAUACUAUGCUUUCCUCUUCUCAGAUAAUUCGAAAUCCCCAAGGUAAUUUUACAUGGUCACUUUCUUUGGGAAAAGAUAGCCCAAAGAUAAUUUUUUAAAAAAAUCUGUAGAACUAGUGGGAAAAAAUGCUAGACCUUUUUUAUCGUGUGGGCUGCCACUGAAGCUGCUGUAGAUGUACAAAUACUGCCUUUGGCUGGGUUGUUGUAUGUUUUCCGGGCUGUAUGGCCAUGUUCCAGAAGUAUUCUCUCCUGAUGUUUCACCCACAUCUAUGGCAGGCAUCCUCAGAGGUUGUGAGGAAAUUUGCCUUUGACUAUUUCUCCUAAGUUAAUCUCUAUGAUAGUUACUACCCCAUAGAUAUUUGGAAUGUAUUAAAUUAACUAUCUAGCAGUUGAGUUCCAUACACCUAUUAUUCCUUAGUUAUGUCCAGUGCAGAAGCAGCCAAAUGUCUGUUUCAUAGUCCAAAUUAAUAUGAAGAUUUAAUGGACGAGUCACCAAACUACAACUCCCCACCUUUACAUCUUUUAAUCAGGUUACUCAUAUUUACCUUGAUUUUCCAAGUUGUCUACAGUCGCUAUAAAAUGCUUUUGGCAGCUCCUCAAAUCUUCAGUUCAUUUCAACAUUUGUCUUCUCUAAUUUCAUGACAUUUGACCUUGAUGUAUCGGUGCAUCCUGGAUUAGAUUGUUUAUUGCAAUACAUGAAGUGUGCGGCUAUAAUUGUUACAAUGUGUGAUCGUGCUGAAAGUGGAAAGAAAGUCUACUCUGUUUCCUUAAAAGGUUGGUAUUAUUGAUUUAUUGGACUUGUUUUUUAUUUUCUUCAAAAUGUUGUGUAAUAAUUACAGUUUGUAGAACCCCCAAGAAGUGUAGUCUCAAGGCAUUGACUUGGAACUGUGAUUUGCUUAUUCAGAUGUGCCUGAAAUCAUUUUCUGAGCUAACCUUUAAAAUGGUUCCCAGGUCUAGAACCUAUUGGGCACUCCCUCAUCAAAAUCCAGCUUUGUGAGAAGGCAUGACUGUCUAAUACUCAACUUCCACUGUUGGUAAACCUAAGUACAUGUAAUUGAAAUGAUAACAUAUUUUUCUAGUUUACUCCUUAUUCACAGUUGACUUGUGUGUUCUUCCUAUGUCAAAUUCUACAUUAUAAACUAGAGUUAGCAACAAUAUGAUCUGUAAGUGGUAUGCACCACCAUCAUGAAUUAGUGGUGUGUGAUGCACACUGUUUUCUCAGUCCUGUAACAGCAAUGUGAGUGUCCUUGCCUGGCUAGAUAGCAUGGAAGAAUACCACAAACUUCAGACAGUCUGAGACCAGAUCAAGGGGUGUCUCACCUGGCUCUGAUAUCAGGCUGAAAGUGAUAUAGGAAAGUGGUUAUAGUUCAGAGCACUCCGCAGCUGCUCCUGGCCUUACUUUGGACGAACAGAACAGUUAAAAGUGGAGUGAUCAUAGGAGACUUGAAAGAUGUGGAGUCAAGUCUCCCAAAAGACAAAAAAUUCAGUAUAUCAGGGAAGGACAAAGGAUAUGCAUACUUGGCUCCUGCUCAUGUGCACUGUCCAAGUGUGAAGCAAUGAAAGUGGGAAGAUGAGCUGAAGAACAGCUCGAAUCACAUUGGUAGCUAUGGGUCUUCUUGAAACUCAAAUCAAAUGGGCCAGUAAAUGUAUCUGUCCUAUCACAUCUUGGGCAGAUUCCAUGCUAGCAUCAUAUUUCAGGGCUCCCUUGGAAUUCUAGAUGUCAAGGAAAGCUUAAUUUAAUGCUACUUGUUGUGUAACAUGUAGAACCUGCAAUGCUGUCUGCAUUUCCCCAUCUGCUCUUGUGAACUGGAUUUGGAAAUCUUUUCGACCUCAGUUUGUCCCAAGCCUGGGCUAUCUGCUAGUGACAAGGAAAGGAAAGGAGCUUGAAUAAUCUAUGGGGAGCCCUUGUACUGAUGCCAGUAAUACAGCUUGGUAUCAUUCCACUCUCUCUGGACAGCUGCCUUCCUCAGAGUCCUCUGAGCAAAAGUACCUCUGUCAUGAGGUCCAGAACCCUUCUGCCUUUGGCACAUAACAGAGUGAGAAGCUGAAAUAUCAUAUAUCAAACUGGGCUUUGCUCCCAAAUCUAUACAAGGAUCUCUCACUUUGACAGUUUCCUGCAUGAAUUCCUUGGCUAGCUCACGCUUGCUGCCUUCAAGCUAUUUCAGCCUCCUUCCUAAGCAGGAGUCUCUCCAUUUGCUCAGCCUAAUUUCCCUUCAGUAUUUUUAAAAUGUCCAUCUCUGUUCUUAGGCUCACUGCAAAAUGCAAUUGUUGCUUUAGCUAAGCCAUGGGUCAAGGUCCCCUGGCUUACAAGUCUGAGAAGCUGUUCUCAGCAUGACCAAUGCGAGGGGAUUCUGACAAUUCUAGACCAAAAUAUCUGGUGGACCAGUUUUCUCACUCCUGUAGUAUUAAUGCAGUUUGACACCACUUUACUAUGGGUCAAUGCUAUGGAAUCAUGGGAAUUGUAAUUUUAGAAAUCUUUUGGCCUUUUCUCCGAAUAGUAUUAGUGCUUCACCAAACUGCAACUGCCAUGAUUUCAUAGCACUGAGCAUUAGAGGUUAAAGUGUCAAAUUGCACUAUGUACCAAAAUCUCAGUGUGGGAUGGACAAUGGGAUGGAAGCGAUGGGGUCAAUUUCCCCCAAUCAUCUGUGCUCCAGGCAAACCCAGAGAUUUUUAAGGAUGCUGGGCGUUCUGAUGGGCUUUUUUCUAUUUGAGAUUAGGGAUGUUUUGAUAAAUUUCUGUGAGCUCUUGAGGGGAAAAUUUGGUUGAAAAUCACACUGAAACAAGGGGGGAUUGGGGGAUUGAGGAAAUAGGCUUCAGAAGCCACAAAAGUGGGAUACAGGAACUGCACUAUGUCCAUCUCUUAGGACCUUGGAAAGUUCUGUAUGCAGUUAUCUUUGCCCUUUCUAGAGAUGGCUACGAGAUUGGAUGUAAGUGCUUGCUCUCCAGUUUGCCCAUUCUCAGCCUUUUGGUCACAAGAUACUUUUAUUGGCAAUUAGCUAUGAAGUUUAUGAAUAGCAAAAGCACUGUUUUCUUAAUAGUCAUCUCAGCCAAUUCUUUUUUCACCCAAUCUAGUUUUUUCGUGGGGCUGCCCUUGAUCCUUCUCUAUUUUGUUUCAAAAUUCUACUUUUUGUACAUGUGUGUGUGUUUUUAAAGUAUGAAUAGAGGCUUGAACAUUUUAUGCAAACAUAUGGUAAUUAGCAAAAUCUAUAAGGAAUAUAUCAUUGGCUGAAAUAAAUGCUCUGCUGUAUUCACAUCUGGAGAAAGAUUUUGUCUUUUCUCUGACAUUUCUCAGCUGCCUCAGACCAGCUUAUUUGAGAAGACAAGGCCAUCUGGACGUUAAUUGAAAUGUGAUUCCAGUUAACUUUAAUGUAGUUUGAGAUGCAGACAAUUGUGGCUGUGUUGUAUGACUUCCUCCUAAACGUACAGCCAUAACUAGAUAAAGGGUAACCGGGGGCCUAUCACUUCAGGACUCAUGUCAGACAUUCACAUGACAGGUGCUUGCAAAACCCAGUUCCUGUGAGCAAAGAAUACACCCUGAAUAAUCAGUGACCACAUCUGUUUUGAUUACCGGUUGCCUAGUUACUGGCCUUAUAACUUUCAUACCGGGACACACAAUCACAGGCAUAGUUGUGUAGUUGUGUUUCUGUAUUGGAACAGUUUGCAUCUAUAUACUAACAAUGAAGGAGAGCUUAGAAAAUGUUGUGUGUCAGAAUCGUAAAUCAACAGCUACCCAAUCAGUAAAAAAAACAAAAACCCUUUUCUUGUUGUUUAUGAGGCUGUGAGUGAAUAUUAACUGCAGUUUGACAUCACUUUUAAUUGACAUGGCUCUAUGCGAUGGAAUCAUGGGAGAUGUAGUUUUACUAGAUUUGUCUCUUUCUCUGCCAAAAGGUACUGGUGCCUCAUGAAACUAAAACUUCCAUAAUUCCAUUGCAUGGAGCCAUGGCAGUUUAAGUGGAAUUAAAUUGUAUUAAUUCUACAUUGUCAAUGCAACCUUUGAUACUGUUGCUUCUUAGGUGGAAGUGACCAUGUUCCCCUGGAGUUUGUGAUACAGAGGAAGGGGAAAACUAAGAAAAGUCAGACAUGCAUUCUCGACUUUAGGAGAGCUGAUUUCAGGAAAUUUAGGGAAAUCCUAAGGGUGAUCCCAUUGGCCAGAAUACUAAAAGAGAAGGGAGUUAAUAAUGGAUGGGAGUUUAUUAAAAGUGAGGUACUGAAGGCACAAUUACAAAUAGUGCCAGCAAGGAGAAAAAACAUUAGAGAAGUGUAAAGACACCAGGAUGAAUGUCCAAAGAACUUUCAGCUGAGCUAAGAUUUAAAAGAGACAUGCACAAGAAAUGGAAAAGGGAGAAAUAACCAAAGAAGAAUUCAAAUGGAUAACCAAUGCAUGUAGGGAAAAGGUUUGUAAGGCCAAGGUGCAAAAUGAGCUCAGGCUUGCCAAAGAGAUUAAAAACAAUAAAAGGGGUUCUUUGGUUUUGUCAGUGGAAAAAGGAAGAUCAAGGAAACAGUAAGGCCUCAGCAUGGAGAAGGUGGUGAAAUGCUGAUGGGAUUGAGAAAAAGAAUUACUUAGCACUUUUGCCUCAGUCUUCUCACAAAAGAAAAUCAAUGUUCAACCUGAGCAAUAUGGAGUGGACAAGGCAAUAGGAGAGAUGCUACCCAAAAUAGGUAAAGAAGUAGUCAAGGAAUACUCUAAAUAAAUUCAAGUAUCUAGUGCCAGAUGAACUACAUCCAAGAGUAUAGAAAGAACAAGCAGAAGUAAUUUCAGAAGCACUGGCAACAAUAUUUGAGAAUUCUUAGAGAACAGGAGAACUCCCAGCAGACCAGAGGAGGGCAAAUGUUGUCCCUAUCUUCAAGAAGGGAAAAAAGAGGACCCAGUCAGCCUGACAGCAAUACCAGGAAAUAUUCUGGAGCAGAUCAUUAACGAGGCAAUCUGUAAUCACGUAGAAAAGAAAUGCUGUGAUUAAUUAAAAUCAGCAUAGAUUUAUCAAAAACAGGUCAUGCCAGACUAAUCUUAUCUCUUUUUUAAAUAGAGUUGGUAGAUGCAGGGAAUGCUGUGGAUGUGACAUAUAUUGAUUUCAGUAAGGCCUUUGACAAAGUCCCCUGUGAUCAUCUUGCAAACAGACCUGUCAAAUGUGGGCUAGACAAUACUACUGUUAGGUGAAUUUGUAAGUGGAGCUCACUAAUGGUUCCUCUUAAUCCUAGAAAGAAGUGACUGGCUAGUGGGGUGCCACAGGGUUCUGUCCUAGGCCCAGUGCUGUUCAACAUCUUUAUUAAUGAUUUAGAUGAAGUUCUAGAGGGCAUAAGUAUAAAGUUUGCAGAUGACACCAAAUUAGGAGAGAUAGCUAAUACUCCAGAAGACAGGAUCAGAUUUUGAGAGCUGAGCUAAAACUAACAAAAUGACUUUCAACAAGGAGAAAUGUAGGAUACUUCAUACCUUAUGAGGAGGGUCUUAAAGAGCUAGGCAUGUUUAGCCUGCAGAAGAGAAGGUUGAGAGGAGACAUGAUAGUCAUGUGAAAGGUUGCCAAAAGGAAGACGAAGCAGGAUUGUUUUCUGCUGCCCUGGAAACUAGGACUCAGACUAAUGGAUUCAAAUUGCAGGAAAGGCGAUUCCACCUAAGCAUUAGGAACAACUUCCUGACUGUAAGAGCUGUUCAACAGUGGAACUCUCUGCAUCAAAGUGUGGUGUUUAAAAGCCUUCCUUGGAGGCUUUUAAACAGAGGCUAGAUAGUCAUCUGUCAGGGGUACUUUGAUUAUGCUUUUCCUGCAUAGUAGGGUUUGGAUUAGUUUCUUCCAAUUCUAUGAUUCUUCUCUUUGAAUGCAAUUUAAGUAACUCUUAAAUUGUUCUCUGUGUAUGCAGCAGAGCCAGCAUGGCGUAGUGGUUUGGUUGUUGGACUAGGAUCAGGGUUCAAGUCCCCCUUGGGCAUGGAAACCCUCUAGGUGACUUUGGGCAGGUCACAUUCUCUCAGCCUCAGAGGAAGGCAAUGGCAAAUCCCAUUGAACAAAUGCUUACAAGAAACGCUGGUGAUAAGUUAGCCUUAGAGUCACCAUAAAUUGGGAAUGACUUGAAAGCACACAAAAACAAAUGUGCUAAUUAAAGGAGACAGUCCAUUGCUAAGUGGUAGACUAUAUGCUCUGCUGGAAAAAGGUUGAGGUUCAGCAGAUGAACAUGGAAAGAACCCUCAUGUUGUUGAGGUUCCUCCUUGGGAAGUUGUGUAACAUGCCUGCAGACUUGGUAUAAGGCAAAUUUCUAUAUAAGGUAUUUUCCCGGCCACAAGUCUUCUGUUCAGGGCCACCAUCUCUAUGUACUGUUCCUUUCUUCAUACAAACUCAACUCAGAAUCACCUUUGUUUUGGAAGAAAGGAAAUUUUCAUGUCUUUCAAUGUGUGGCAGCAACACACAUUGCUUCUUUUAAUAGAUGGUUUGUUUGUUCUUGUUAUGUGCCUUCAAGUCAGUUCCGAGUCAUGGCAAUCUUAUAGUAACCCUAGCAUUGGGUUUUCAGGGGCUGAAAAUGUCUGACUCACUCAAGGAUUUCUUCAAAUUGUUUGUAGUCCUCCAGAGCUUGGAAAAACAGAUUAGAAUGAAGCAGACCCUCCACUGAUCCCUGAUCCAUCAGGUAAAACCCAAGUGCAGGAAUGGAUAUGCUCAAUUGGUCAAAGGAAAGCUUUGCCAGGCUUUUGGCAUCUUUGGAAUUCCUGUAGAGUAGUGGGAGCUUGCCAGAAAAAGUAGGAGUUCAUUGGGGAUGGAUCCACUGCCAAAGGGAUGACAAAAAAGGAGGGUCUUCCCUUUUGAGAAAUCACUUCAGGGGGAACACAAAGACAAGGACUUGUUAUCCUGCUCGAAAGAAGGAAGAUGGCUGCAUUCUGUUAAUUUGCACUUAACCAUUAUAACAUCAUCAUCAGUAGGUAUACAGCUAGUCUAUCAUAAGCAAGGAUGGAUUCUCAAAAAAAGAUGGGGAGGUACUCGAUCUGAAGCAGCAGUCAUUAUAGUUGUACAGGGCGGAGGGAGACAUAGGAAGGAAAAAUAAUUACACUUUAAUCAGAGUAGGGUGUUAGCUGUCCUUGAUUCAAACAGAACCGUGGGUUAAAACUCGUGCUGGUGAAUGCCAGGUCAGUGAAUGAGAAGACUUGAUCUUGGAUAAGCACGCCAAUCUGGCAUGUAUCACAGAGACCUGGCUGGGUGAAGCAGGGAUCUCUCUCAUUUGUUCACCAGCAUUAUUUCCCGUUCAACAGCAGGGGACACUCGGGAGAAGGGGAGUCUCCUUUACUGAGAUAGUUUUGUGUGUGUGUGUGUGUGUGUGUGUGUGUGUGUGUGUGUAUGAGAGAGAGUGAGUGAGUGAGUCUAUCUGUCUGGGGUUUGAGUUUGGAUUGGAGUUGGAGUUCCCCCGCCUUGAGACUGCCCUGUCAGGGAUGUCUCAUGACGUCAUGUCUGCUAUGGGACUGUCCCAAGUGGUAUCUGGCCCUACUCAUAUUGCUUAAGCACACUUUGGACCUUUUUUUCUGUCGUGGUUUGGAUGAAUGUGACUUAAAAGUGAAAUAAAUGUAUAGUUCUGUUAUCAUGGACAGAUAAUCAUGGGCUUUCUGGGACUCAGAAUCACUGCAGGGGUGAGAGACCAUGAACAUUGUCAGUCUGGGAAUGAUUUGUAUUUGGGUUCUUUUUGUUAGUAUUUGCAAACCUGGAUAAAAAUUUAAAUUAUGUUUUGAUGGGGCGAGCAAGAGGGUGGAAUCCAGAAUGUGUUGACACCAAUUAAUUUUUGUGCGGUUGACUCAAAAUGGAUUAGGCACAGUUAGGUUUACAUAUUCAGAACCUCCUUCUGUGUCCAGUGAUUACAGCUUCUGUCCUUGGGUUUCUUAGCAAUAAAAUCUAUUCUUCAGAGAAACAGAAAACUAUAGCUGUGCAAGUUAGCUUGCUGCCAAGUAAAAAGGCAAAAACAAUUUGUCAGAAAAUUCUGUCGUGUCUGAGUCAGAAAAUCAUUUAAACUAGAAGCUGUAGAGAACUCCACAAGGGUUCAAGCCCUAUUAAUAGAAAAUUGGUACAGUCAUGCAGCUCAGUCAAUAAUUUAGUGUUGUGAGCUGAGGUGGAGAGGACUUCACUGUUUAAAGUAAUCAGUUUCUUGAAGAUUAGCGAAGCAAGUGUUGUGUGAUUUCAAUCCACUCUUUUCCCAACACUCUUUUCCCAACAGACCACACCUGGAAUACUGUGUCCAAUUUUGGGCACCACAGUUGAAGGGAGAUGUUGACAAGCUGGAAAGCGUCCAGAGGAGGGCGACUAAAAUGAUUAAGGGUCUGGAGAACAAGCCCUAUGAGGAGCGGCUUAAAGAGCUGGGCAUGUUUAGCCUGCAGAAGAGAAGGCUGAGAGGAGACAUGAUAGCCAUGUACAAAUAUGUGAAGGGAAGUCAUAGGGAAGAGGGAGCAAGCUUGUUUUCUGCUGCCCUGCAGACUAGGACACGGAACAAUGGCUUCAAACUACAGGAAAGGAGAUUCCACCUGAACAUCAGGAAGAACUUCCUCACUGUGAGAGCUGUUCGACAGUGGAACUCUCUCCCCGGGGCCGUGGUGGAGGCUCCUUCCUUGGAGGCUUUUAAGCAGAGGCUGGAUGGCCAUCUGUCGGGGGUGCUUUGAAUGCGAUUUCCUGCUUCUUAGCAGGGGGUUGGACUAGAUGGCCCAUGUGGUUUCUUCCAACUCUACUAUUCUAUGAUUCUAUGAUUCUAUGAAAGAGUCACAAUGUCUCCUUGAAUUUCAAUUUCCCAGAGACCUAAAUAAGGCUGCAAGGUCAGUGGUAUGGGAAUAGAAGGACAAAGUUUCAACUUGUAUUUCCAAAAUGAGUUGCUGUCAAACUCCAUUGUCACAGAUACCAUUUCCAGUAUAUAGAUUUUCCUGUGGUGUAUCUAACUUAAUUUUUGUUAUAUAUAAAUUAUAUAAAGUAUUACUGCUGUGGCAAUAGUUCAUCUGCUUUGUAGAGAUUACAUCUCGUGUAUACUAAUUACUUUUCCACUGAGCUUCAUGCUGUACAAAUCUUUAUAUGCCCAUAAGAGGACAUACCUCUAUUUGAAAAUGCCCUCUACUGAUGAACUGUGGGAUUCAAGUCUGGUUUAAGGUAGAGGUUUUGUUUAUUCUUUCAGUUGCUUCCGACUCUUCGUGACCUUAUGGACCAGCCCACGCCAGAGCUCCCUGUUGGCCGUUGCCAACCCCAGCUCUUUCAAGGUUAAGCCAGUCACUUCAAGGAUACUAUCCAUCCAUCUUGCCCUUGGUUGGCCUCUCUUCCUUUUUCCUUUCAUUUUCCCCAGGCAAGGUAAAGGACCAUGGUUUAAAUCAGGAGUGAGAAAUGCAACUCAAUCCCAUCUGGACUGCUGUGCAACUCCCAUCUUCAGCUAAACCAACAAGUCCUAUUUAUUUUAACUAGUCUAUUCUGACUAGGACCAACAUUAGAUUUUGACUAUGUAACCUUUCAGAUGUCUUUGGACUGCAACUCCCAGCAGGCCUAGCCAGCAUACCAGUGAUACAGACAGCAAGGAGUUGCGGUUGAACAACAUCUACAGCACUCUGGUCUUCAGGUGUUUUUAAUUCCAGCUUCCAGAAUCUCUGAUCGUUGGUCAAAGCAGCUGAGACUUCUGGGAGUUGAAGUCCAAAACAUCACCUCCCCAUUACGAAAGAUGUCUUGUGUUUCUACAGGCAUUCAAGUUAUUUUGAUAUAUCUGUGUACACAAAUACACCAGCCUACACAAACUGCAGGUAUAUCUUUAUACUCUUAUCCUCUAUUUUUAUUGAGCCAUUUCCUCAUUCUUUGGGAUGUUUUCAGCUAGCUGACAGAUUAUUUUGUAUUCCUUUGUAGAAGUCAUCAAGUGUGGAAAAUAAUGAUUGUCAUUAGGGCUGUCGAGCCUGCCAUUCUUGUUCUGAAAUGAAGUGGUGAGUGACCUCUGCAGAAGUGCUGGUUUCCUAGAGAGAUCUAACACAUGCUUCUAGCUUCCCCCUGUAUAAACCUGAUAACAAACUACCACUUGUACAACCCAGUAAAGUGGCUAGAAAUGACUGGAAUACCCCUAGUGAGAGCUGCUACCUUGCAAUCAUGUACAAUGGUGAUUUUAUCCAAAAACAUCUUUAAAGGACAAGACUUGCAUUUAUUUGUCUUCCAUUUACAUUUCUUUCCACUGAGCAAGAAAAUGUUUUUCUAAAGCUUAGCUCCCGCCUUGCUGAAAUAGGCAGAAAGAAUUGAUAUCCUCCUUUCUUUCUUGUCUGUGGGAAGAGUGUUGCUAAGAGACUGAAUUCCUUAUACAUUUAAGAGAAAAUGGCUUAGAAACUCAGCAACAAAACAAGGGGAAAUGAUUUUACUUAAAGCUACUAUUCCCGCCCCCAUCCCUCCAGGAAGUAGAUACCUUGGUCAUGCUGUGCUGUAUUUCAGAGUGGAAAUUAAGGAUAAUUUGGAAGAACAGCCAAGGAAUUCAACUUGCCAAGGAAUCAAAAGCUUUGCUUUCAUGUUUCCAUGUCAAAUGAUAGAGUAUUCUUGAUAGCUCUUUUGUUGGAUCUACUGAUGGGAAGAUGCAGUCUAUUUGGCCUAAGGUGUGUCCACACCCUGUAUCAUGUUUUUGUGGUUAUAUCAGCCAGAGAGGAAAAACAAACAGUAUAUUGCAUAAUCCAAUGCUUGUCAAUUCAGCAGUGAGUCUGCUUCAGGAAACUGUAAAUAAUUUCAGCCUUAGGGGCAUCAUUACCCUUCAACUGCAAGCCACAUUUCAAAGAAAAGGCAGGUUUAUCUUGCAUUUAUACUUACUUAGGCGAUCCCUCAUAGCCCGAGGAUGAUGGUCCUCCAAGUGUAUUGUCUUGGUGAUGCCUGUCUAGGUCAUUCUGGAGACCUAUUCUUGACCCGCGUGUUCUCUCGCAGUGAGGACAGUGGUUUCCAGGUGGAAGGCAGUCCUGUUCAGGGUUGGCUUGACAUGCCUUCCUCUUGGCACAUUUCUUCCUUUCACCCUCCAUUCGUGCCUCUUCAAAUUCUGCAGCACUGCUGGUCACAGCUGAUCUCCAGUUAGAGCGCUCAAGGGCCAGGGCUUCCCAGUUCUCAGUGUCUAUGCCACAGUUUUUAAGUUGGUUUAAGCCCAUAUUUAAAUCUCUUUUCCUGUCCACCAACAUUAUGUUUCCCAUUCUUGAAUUGGGAGUAUAGCAACUGCUUUGGGAGAUGCUGAUUGGGCAUUCAGAAAAUGUGUCCAGUCCAGCGGAGUUGAUGGCUUCAGUGCUUGUGUUCUUUGCUUCUUCCAGCAUGCUGACAUUUGUCUACCUGCCUUCCCAAGAGAUUUGUAGGAUUUUUAGGAGGCAACCCUGAUGGAAUAGUCCCAGGAGCUGAGUGUAAUGUCUGUAGACAGUCCACAUUUCACAGGUGUAUAACAGGGUUGGGAGGACAAUAGCUUUAUAAACAAGCAAUUUGGUAUCCUUACAGAUGUCCCGAUCCUCAAACACUCUCUGCUUCAUUCGGAGAAAUGCUGCACUCGCAAAGCUCAGGCAGCGUUGAAUUUCAGUGUCAUUUUUGACUUCUGUGGAGAGGUGGUUGCCAAGGAAGCGGAAAUGGUCACCAUUUUCUAAUGUUGCAACAUUAAGCUGUAUUCCUGGCAUUGCAGGGGGAUUGGCUGGUGACUGCUGGAAGAGCACUUUCGUUUUCUCCAUGUUCAGUGAGAGGCCAAGCUUCUGCAAAGGUGUUUAGAGUGGCUUGUAGGUCUUCUGGAUGCGCACAGACUAUGUUAUCAUCAGCAUAUUGAAGUUCUAUAACAGAUGUUGUGACCUUGGCUUUGGCUUUCAGUCUGCUGAGGUUAAAUAGCUUGCUAUCUGUCAAUAAAUGAUUUCUACUCCAGUGGGAAGCUUCCCAUCAACAAAAUGAAGUAUCAUAGUGAUGAAGAUGGAAAAUAAGGUUGGGGCAAUAACACAUCCCUGCUUGACACCUGAUUCCACCUUAAAUGGGUCACUUUGGGAGCUAUUGCUGCCCUAGACUGUUGCCAUCAUGUCAUCAUGGAGGAGCCGCAGGAUGUUCACAAAUUUGUCAGGGCACUUGAUUUUUUGGAGGUUUUUUUGGAGUUUGUUCCACUGCAAUUCACUGUUUCGAAUGUCUUUGCAAGGUCAAUGAAUGCCAUGUACAGAGGUUGAUUUUGUUCCCUGCAUUUUUCUUGGAGCUGUCAUGCAGUGAAUAUCAUGUCCCCUAUUCCUCUGGAGGGGCAGAAGCCAUUCUGGGAUUCUGAGAGGGUGUCUUCAGAGACAGGUAGAAGGCAGUUUGUAAGGAUUCUUGCAAAGAUUUUCCUAGUGGAGGUUAGAAUCCGCACUUUGUACUUUCCCCUUUUUUGAAAAGGGUGAUGAUGGUGGCAUCCUUGAAGUCUGCUGGGAUUUUCUCGGUCACCCACACUUUUUCAAUGAGCUGGUGGAGUUGUUGUGUCAGCUCAGGUGAUCUUGAUAAUCAUCAUGGAUUGGAUUAGCCUGUGGUCUGUCCACCAGUCAUCAGCGCCUGUUAUGGCUCUUGUUAGAAGCAUGUUGUGGCAGUCUUUGACAUGUGUAAUUACAUCGUCUAUGAGAAGCCAAUGCUUUGACUGGGAGUGCUUCCAUGAUGUCUUGAACUUGUUUUUCUGGUGGAAGAACAUGUUGGUGAUUAUAAGGCUGUGUUAUGCACAUUUGGUGAGAAGCAGGAUUUCAUUCAAGUUGCUGUUUCCAACCCCGUCUUUUCCUAUGGUCCCUGGACACAGGUCAGAGUCCUGUCUGACUCUUGCAUUAAAAUCCCCCAGGGGGAUGAUUUUGUCCUGCUUGGGUAUCUCUGAUAGGAUGCUGUCCAUCUGACAGUAAAAUUUUCCUUGAUGUCUUCAUCAGCAUCUAGUGUUGGUGCAAAGGCACUUAUGAUGGUUGCCUGUUGGUUUUUGGCAAGGUUAAUUCGGAGGGUUGACAGUCAUUUGUUAAUGCCAAUGGGUGCUUUGGACAGGUGCUUCGCCAAGUCAUUUCUGAUAGCAAAGCCAGCUCCGUGUAUUCUUUGUUCUUCUUCAGGCAGUCCCUUCCAGAAGAAGGUGUAGCCUCCUUUUUCUUAUUUUAGCUGUCUCUCUCCUGCCCGCUAGGUUUGCUGAAGUGCUGCUAUGUCGAUGCUAAAGCGUCCCGGCUCCCUUGCAAUGAUAGCAGUCCUGCGUUCUGGGUGUUCACUGUCAAUGUUGUCCAACAGUGUCCGUAUGUUCCAUGUUCCAAAGUUCAUUUUUCUUUUUUGGCCACAGGGUGGUGACCCCUCUGGACGUGGCAGUCCAGUCAAGGAUAAGAGAGGCAGACUAUGUUUAGGGCACCUUUUCUAGCCCCUUCCCCAUGUGGGUUGAGCAGAGUGGAUCCUAAAAUGGCUGCUCAGUCAUGGAUACAGCUGCCAGACUAAACAACUGCCUCGGACCUUGAGGUAAAAUGAAUGAAUCCAUAUCCACUGUCCAUGUGCCAGUCUGUGACUAGGGGCUUUCAAAUUUCACAGUCCUGCCCCCGUCGUCACUCGCUGAUCGCCAUGGCACUUUUGUUCGUUUUUUUUUCUUGGAAGAUGCCUGUAUGAGAGUUUUUUUGAAUGUGUGGAGGUCGGUGCACAGCCGAUCAACACACAGUCUUCACAGAGUGGGGUCCCAAUCAGUGGCAUGAUUAAUACGAUGAUGGUGGAUUCCCAAUCUGUUGCAGCCUUCUCCUGCCUUCACAGACAUUGUAACAUGCCUCAUCCUAUCCUCUGCCUGAUUCGUUGUUGAGGUCUUCAAGUCUUCAGAUUAUUCUUGGUCUGGAACCUCCCUUGCGGCCCCUCCUGGGAGUACAUUACUUUGGUGGUUAUGCCUACAGGUUCACUGGAACACACAAGCUGCCUCACCAUGACAAGGUGACAAUCCAUUGAGAGGGAUCUUGCCUUUAUAUGCUCAAGAGUACGGAAUAUUCUAGCAACUUGCCUAACACCUUUUAAUGAAUGAAGUUUGGAACCACCCAUUAAAGAAGGUUCUUUGGGAAGUUUAAAAUCUGUUAAAAUAUGCAAUGCUUUAAAAUACAAGUGAAAUGUAUUAAAACCAUGUUUGAAGAAGCAAAAUAGGAUAAAACAGGGAUGAUACAGAAUAUACCAAGAAACUAAAAACUGGUAGCAUAAAGGAUAACGGUGUACAAUGGGGUUGGCAAACCAUAACCCCCCUGAACUGGAAUUCCCAAUAUUCCUCCUCACUGGCCAUGCUGGUUAGAGCUAAUGGGAGUUGCAGUUCAGUAAUGCCUGGAGGGUUGCACUUAGCACUUUGUAAAAGCACUAAAAGAAUUCUUAAAAUGCCUGGGAGAAUAAAAAGAUCACCUAUCUCAACUGGAUGAAAGCUUCAGAUGAUUUAUUCAUUAUGCUUUCCAUUCCUUCAGAGUCUCUUGAUGGGCUUCUACUAUUUCCAGAAUCACUGAAAAUUAUAUAACGGUAGCUAAAGUAACUGGCUUGAAAUCAAGAUGAAAUCCAGCCCAAACUACCCCAAACAAUACUAAUUCGUCCUCAGCCCUUAGAAGUGUCAAGUCACAAUGAAAAGUGACAGUGGAAGAUAAGGCUGGCCCUUGUUAGAUAUAACCUAGAAUCUGGCAGAAAUAUGUUGCUUGCAACAAGAUCUAAUGACAGCUACUCAUCUUUCAUAAUAACGAAGUUAAAUAUUUUCAGCUAUAGCAGCUUGGCUAUCAUUCAUUAGUUUUUAGGGCAACAAAAUAGAUUUUCUGCCUGUCACUCAUUACUGUACUUGGUGUGUUUUAAUCAUUCUGAACUAGUCUGGGUGGGUUUGACCAACCAUAUGAACCAUUUUGGGUAUGUUGUGCGCAGAUAGUAAAGAGCUGAGGGGUAGGAACAAGGAAAGAGACAUAGUUGCUUUCUGGAGUAACUUUGGGUGGGUGAUCAUAGUAAUAACAAAGUCUUUUGUGUGUAUAUGUACCUGGCAAAUUAGGGUGACCUCAUGAAUUUCAGAGGGAUUCCUUGGGCAAGCAUUGCUCUGAGGUGGUUUUGUGAGUUCCUUCCUCUGAAACAUACCGUAGUUACAACAUCUAGUAUUAAUUUGAGGUCUCCCAUCCAAGUACUAACUAGGGCUGAGCCUGUUUCCUUUCCAAGAUCAGACAUGAUCUAGAGCUGUUAGGGUUUGUUGUUGUGAGCUUUCAAGUUGUUUACAACUUGUGGCAAACCUAAAGCAAACCUAUCAUGGGGGUUUUCUGAUAAGAUUUGUUCUGAGAUGGUUUGUUUUUGCUUCCUGUAAGGCAAAGGGAAGGUGACUUGCCCAGGAUCACCCCUGUGGUUUUCCAUAGUCAAGUAGGGAUUCACACUAUAGAGUUGUUAUACCACACUGAAACCACUGCACCACUCUACCACUCUGGCUCUCUUUAUCACUUUAGGGUAAUUGCUAGCAAAUUAUUUCCAUAGAUUCCUGUUUUUGGGCCACUAUUUCCUUUCUAAUUCUUUUAGUAACCUUGUUUCUUGAACAGCUUCUCCAGUAUUCCCCACAUGCAUAUUUUUUCUUCCCUUCCCAAACAUAGCUGCCAUGUCAGCACUAUCCCAUUUCCUGAGUUUUCAAAACUAACCUGAAAACAAGGAAUGAAGUCUUGUAAUGUCAUGAGAUGGGCCGUCUGAAAUCAAAAGUAGUAGGACUUUGUGAUGUCACAGAGGCAGGUAAGACAGAGGGUUGCAGUUAGGCCAGAAGGCUUCUGGGUCAAGUGAUUAUGGAAAAAACCCUGGAGGGUUAUUGAUCCUGAAUUUGGGUAGAAUUGAGUUAACCUGGUAAUAUGGUAACCCCAACCCAAGCCAUGCAGAAUAUUUUUUCCAAAAUGACUAAAGGAUGAAAUGUUCCCAGUAGCUGCAAUAAUCACUGCCAUUCAGUUGUGAAAUUCUCAUUGCUGGCUUUCAAAAAGUAGUCCCCACACCACAGGCUGAAGGGUAUAUACGAUAAGAAAAGGGCACUUAAUGCCCUGUUUUAUUCCAAAUGGGGCAAAGGGUCCAAGUACAACCCUCUCCCCAUUUCACUUCACAAUGCCCCUGAGCUCGCUCCUACUAUUUUCAUUCCAGCAAUGUUAAACAAGUGCAACAUACACAAACUUUGGAGUCAACUAGAAAGUCCUGUCACCAGUUGAAAAACACUAGAGGUGCAUGCUCAGGCUUAAAGCCACUUCACAUGUGAAAAGCAAACUUCUUUCUCUAGUUUUGCUCACCCUAAGAUUUAUCUCGGAGCCUCCAAUGGCGCAGUGUGUUAAAGCGCUGAGCUGCUGAACUUGCAGACCAAAAGAUCUCAGGUUCAAACGCAGGGAGGGGAGUGAUCGCCUGCUGUUAGCUCCAGCUUCUGCCAACCUAGCAGUUCGAAAACAUGCCAAUGUGAGUAGAUCAAUAGGUACCGCUCAGGUGGGAAGGUAACGGCGUUCCAUGCAGUCAUGCCAGCCACAUGACCUUGGAGGUGUCUACGGACAACGCCGGCUCUUCGGCUUAGAAAUGGAGAUGAGCACCAACCCCCAGAGUCGGACACGACUGGAUUUAAUGUCAGGGGAAGCCUUUACCUUUACCUUAAGAUUUAUCUCUCUACUUCCAGAGCUUACGAAGUACAGUAGAGUCUCACUUAUCCAACAUAAAUGGGCUGGCAGAAUGUUGGAUAAGCGAAUAUGUUGGAUAAUAAGGAGGGAUUAAGGAUAAGCCUAUUAAACAUCAAAUUAAGUUAUGAUUUCACAAAUUAAGGACCAAAACAUCAUGUUAGACAACAAAUUUGGAAGAAAAAGUAGUUCAAUACGCAGUAAUUCUAUGUAGAAAUUACUGGAUUUAUGAAUUUAGCACCAAAAUAUCACAAUAUAUUGAAAGCAUUGACUACAAAAAUGCGUUGGAUAAUCCAGAACGUUGGAUAAGCGAGUGUUGGAUAAGUGAGACUCUACUGUACAACAAUUCUCUAUAGACUUCAUCAGAUGGGUGGCUUUCGCCUUCUCUGUGUGUUGCCAACAUGCUGCUAGAACAGAGUCCGCCGGCACCCAUCAAAUUAUGCAGGGCUACUUCCAGCAGGGCUCUGUGCUGGCAAUGUGUUGGCAGCAUGCAGAGAUGGAGCCUAAGCAGUCAGGUGACUAUUUGACUCCUCAUAGAAGAAGCCAAGGACAGCAUGAAGGAAGCAAGGGACAGCAUGGAAACAUCAUGGGAUGGAAGCCCAUGACCCAUGACAGUAAGAGAAAAUACUGCCAAUGAUUUUUGUCACUGCCCCCUGGCUUCUGGACCUCCAUGUGAUGAGGUCCAAUGAUUUCAGCUGAUUCUUUCAAGCUGCCAACCCUCUUCAUGUAUAGCAUUUGCUAACAGCAGAUCUUUGGAAAAAUACUUACUUUGGGGUUUUGUGAUCUUUAAAAAUAAUUAUCCCAGGUAUUGGGCAAUAACAAAUGCACCCUAUGAAUUCUAACCGCUGUGUAGUUUUAAAAACAAUCUUUGGUAAGCCUUUUCCUGCUAUUGUUCCUUGCAUUCUCUUUCAGUUUCUUCAAGCACUAUUCUUCAGCUAGCCUUACACAAAGCCUACAUUGUAAAGCCUACAUCAGGGGUCUUCAAACUUUUCAAGCAGAGGGCCAAUGCACAGUCCCUCAGACUGUUGGGAGCUGGAUUAUCAUUUGAAAAAAAAACAUGAAUGAAUUCCUAUGCACACUGCACAUAUCUUAUUUGAAGUACAAAAAAUGAAAGAACAAUAAUUUAAAAUUAAAAACAAUUUUAACCAACAUAAACUUACCAGUAUUUCAAUGGGAAGUGUGGGCCUGCUCUUGGCUGAUGAGAUAGUCAAGUUAAUUAGGAUCAUUGUUGUUGUGCACAUUCAAAUUGUUCCAGAUUUAGGGCGACUCUAAAUCUAAAGUUUAAGGCCUUGGUAAAUGACCUUGGUGGGCCACAUCUGGCCCAUAGGCCUUGGUUUGGGGACCCCUGGCCUACAUCUUCCACCAGCAUACUCACUUUUGAGUUUUCUGUUUCUACUGUCCUGAAACACCUUUCCUUAGACCAGUGGUUCUCAACCUGUGGGUCCUCAUGUGUUUUGGCAUACAACUCUCAGAAAUCCCAGCCAGUUUACCAGUUGUUAGGAUUUCUGGGAGUUGAAGGCCAAAGCAUCUGGGGACACACAGGUUGAGACCCACUGCCUUAGAUUACCCCCGGUCAGAUCUUAAUGCAGAUGUCACUGGGUUUUGGCUUCCAUGAUGACUUACAUUGGCUAAACUGAGUAGAACUGGUGGAAACUGAAACCUGAGGCUCCUUCUACAUUGCCACAUAAUCCAGAUGAUCAAAGCACAUAAUCCAUGGUUGAUCCCUGCUACCACAUUGACUUUCUAACUACUCACAGAAUUCUCAUCAAAACAAGUGCAAUGCAAAGGUAGGUGUCUCUUCAACCCAGCUAAGUGCCAAAAGUACAUGACUCGUAUUUUAAGAACAGUUUGCUCUCAUUUAGUACAUACAGAAGGUCUUGGAGAGAAACAAAGCAGUAACAUUUUUAUUCUUUGUACACACACUGUUUACUGUUGAAGUUCUUCAUGCACAGAGUUCAUGGCUUACUUUCAUUCUGUCAUAGCAACAGAUGUUUGACGUAAGUGAAUAUCUCCCGGUGUGUUACAUAAAAGAAAUGCAUUGGCAGUCCUGAAUCAACAUAGUUCAGUUAGGUCCUAUUGUCUCCAGCCUAUUUUUAAGUAAAAUAUAACUGGCUUUUAUACUGAGUGGGUUACAAAAAUAAAGAAAGAUCAAGGUAAUUUUAUUGUCCAAUAAGGACAAAUGUAAAAACUCAGUGGUACUAACAUGAUCUGGAAAGGAAUAUUUUAGAUAGUGAAUAGUUCAAAAACUUUUGUAUCUGAUAUUAUAUAUUUUGUUUUAAAGCACACAUAUUACACCACAGCAGAAAUGUAUUGAAAAGCUACAUAUAAGAAAAGAAUAGUUUAAGGUAUAUGUUGUUUAAGUAUUGGAGCGAGACAGAAGAAAUUCAGUAAAUAGAUAAAACAAUACUGUCUUCAAGUCAAUGAGUCAAAAGAGGGAGCAACUUAUCAUUCAUGCAAUUUCUGAUCCCAAUUAUCCAACCAAAACAGAGCUCCCUUGUUAUAAUUAUGCAAUUAAGAUGAUUUAUGAACAUCACCAUCUGGCUUGUCUAUAACAUCAAUAUCUCUGGGCUGUUCCAAAAAUAAAUUCCCGCCCUCAAGAGUACACCGUGUUAUCCUUGCAGAAAAUCAUCAAUAUAAAUAGGAAGUGACAAUGGCUUAAUUCCAAACCACUUCUAAAUCUUCUGGGCAGCCCUUACAUUAAUUACCCUAUAAAUUUUUUUGAUAUUUUUUCUCACAUCUCAUGACUUAUUACAAACUAAAUUUGAAAAACUGCUCAGUUUGUCCUGUUGAUGACUGCUAUGCUAAGAAAAUUUAGAUAGUAGGCCAAAGCCAUUGAGAGUUAAUGUCUCGAUGUAGAAUGUUUUAGUAGGAAGUGCAAAAUUAUGGUGUGCCAUGUUAAUAUUGUAAGCUGCCAUGAUCCCUUACAGAAAAAAAGGUUGGAUAGAAAUAAAGUUCAUAAUAAUAAUAAUAAUAAUAAUAAUAAUAAUAAUAAUAAUAAUAAUAUCAUCUUUUGUGGGUCAUGAGUCAAACUAUAACCAAUCAACGAAUGUCAAGACAAUGAACCUAUGAGAUAGUAACAUGCUGUUAGUUAGAAGGCUUUAAAAAGAUUUGUAAACAGGUAGAUAGUGGUGCGUGUUUUGUGAAAGCACCCUUUUCUGCACAGAUUGUGAAUAAAAACUUCAGUUUUUGUCCUCCAACCCUGAAUCCUUAUUGGCAUUGGGCAUGUAUUCACUAUAUUUUUGUGAAGCUGCACCAUACUGUGCUACUGGUUACAUACAGAAAUGGUGUGGGUUUCUCUACAUAUCACUUUAUGAGAUGUAACCAGUUUGCCAGUGUGAGUGGGCAACCCCACUGAAAUGGGUGCAGUCUUAAUCAUGAUAAAGCCAGUUUUAUUUGUCGGGAAUAGCAAUUCUCAAGCUUUGGUCCUCCAGUUGUUUUAGACUUUAGCUUCAAGAAAUCUUACCAGCUGUUUGGAAUUAUGGGAACUGGUCUAAAACACCUGGAGGACCAAAGGUUGGAAACUACUGUACUAGGAAAGAAAACAUGGAAGAUUACUAUAAUAUAUGACAACUGCAGUGAGAAUCAUCUAUGAGCAGAGUUGGAAGAAAUGUUAUUUCAACGCAAAAAUAAUGGUGAACAAAUAUCUGCAAGCCAUCUAAGGUGGACAAACUGACUAUGCUGAUCAAGGAAAAAUCAUGGUCAAGACUCACAAAAGACUGGGACUUGUUUAUUACUUUUUUACCACAAAGAUGGGGACAAGUGUCAAUUAUAGGAUUUAUGAAUGUCAUUAAAAGUAGAAGUGUGAUUAUAUACCAUAUUUCUUUGAUUUUAAGAUGUCAUUGAUUGUAAACCACAUACUGAUUUCUGUAUCACCAACAGAAAUGUGUGUGUAUGUGUGUGCUAUAUAUGUAUGUAUGUAUAUCCCCUAUGGUUGUAAGACACACCCCAUUUUAGAGAUGUUUACAUGGGAGGAAAAGUGUAUCUUAGAAUUGAAGAAAUACAGUAGUACUACCUAAAGGGAAUAUAAUAAUAAUGGAUAAAAAUUAACAGACAAUUGCCUCUGUUCUGUGUUUGUAGGUUAGUAUGUUACAGAUUAAUGUGUUAGGUUGGAGUGUUUACUUUUGAUUUAAUUUUGUAGUAUAUUGUAGUGGUUAGUUAGAUAAUUGCUAAGUUUUAGUGAUAUACAGUACAUUAUAAAAAUCUGCCUUUUGGUUAUUUUUGUUAUUUUAUUAUGUUUUGUUUAUUUUUAAAUAAAAAUCAGUAAAAAUGAAAUGGCUGUAAUCUGAAUGUAACAAUGGGUACCUCCCAGGACACAAAGCUCUCUCUCUCUUUUCACUUCCUAAAACUUGCCCAGAGCUGUAUUCCCCUCACUGCUAAAAGCUCAUUAAUGAAAGCAACUUAAAAAACAACACUGUAGUUUAAAACAGAGCAUGCAUGGAGUGCACACUCUGUUUUUAAAAAGAAUCUUGCUGCUGGGAACUUUCUGGGAAUACAAUUUUCCUUUGAAACAAUGUAUGUAUGUGCUCUCCAGAUGCCUUGUUCUGGAGCAUAAGUGUGUGGGUAUUUUUAGCCACCACCAUGCCAUUGAAACCAGCAGUUGUGUGGGUAGCUGGGAGCACAAAACAUGAGGGGCCACAUCUUGCUCUUCCUUAAGCUAAGUCAUCCAAGGCAGGGAAGAAAAGCACAAGCUAAAUACAGUAAAUCGCCCUUGAAGUAAAUAUUUGGGAUUAGAUGAACAUUAUUGAAUUGCAGGAAACUCUUAAAGCUCUUCUAAACAAGUUAAAUGUCAUGGGAAAUGACAAAUGAAGGGAACCCCGACCUUGAAUGAAAGGGGCCUUGUUCCCAUGACAGAAGAAACAGGGUCGCUUCAAAAAUGGGGUGCAAUUCACUUUCUUUCUCCCCUCCCAUGUCAUAGAACAAUGGCUAUGAGAGCAAGGAGUCUGAGUUGAUGGAUGAGGAAGUAAGUGGGAAGGAAUCUUCCUUUAACUGAAUUAGAAAGCAACUUAAUAUUUUAUUUCUAGUUUUAUUUAUGAAAAUAAAUAAAAAUGUAAAGUGGUAUUAUGGACAGGAAACACACCUGGAGAAAUGGAAAGAAAGAAAAAGGAUUGAGCACAUUCAGUUACCCCGUGGCACGCAUGUCCACCAAUGACCUCAAAAUGCUUCAUUUAAUAUUUGGGCAAGAGGAGACAAAAAGCAUCAGGGAGUAACAUCAGAUGGUGCCCAAACCUGCGCAAAUUGCCUCACAUUGUGUGCUUUUGGGGUUUCAUGAAGAAAGAGCUUAAGAAUCUUUUGAAUAUUCUAGGCUUGUCAAGAAAUCUCAUGGAUAUUAUACAACACAAGUAAGCAGCAUAAAGGAUACAUGAAAUAUUUAUAGUGCUAUAUUCCACUUCAACUAUCAUGGCAUCAUCCUAGUGUAGUUUAGUGUAGUUUAGCUUUUUGGCUAAGAAUUUUAAAUGCUUCUCUUUUAAAUGCAGACCCCGGAAUUGCACAAGAUGUUGCCAUAGCAAUUAAAGUGGAACUAUAGCAUCAUAAGUGCUGGUUGCAACUUCAGUACCUUGGAACUGUGAACACAUUUGAAAACUGGACUGCUCUUGGACUUGUGGACUCAGCCUGCUUAGAUUUCUGGUAUUCUCAGCAAUCAAUUUGUAAAGGUAGAAAAUGGAAAAAGAUAACAUCACAUCAGUGGAGGUCUUCUACUUGACCGUGUUGUCUGACCUCCCAGAAGUGCAAUUUUUCCUCUUUGUGAUGAUUCUGCUGAUCUACUUGAUUUCCCUGGCAGGGAAUGAGGCUAUCCUCCUGGCAAUAGUGGCAGAUGAUCACCUCCAUACCCCCAUGUACUUCUUCCUCAGCAAUUUGUCUUUGCUGGAUAUUCUUGGCCCGACUAUCACUGCGCCAAAGAUGCUGCAAAUUUUGUAGGACACUUUAAUCCAUUGGAACUUUGGCUAACCACUUGCAUUUUAUGGCUGUUCAUUUUAAAUGAACACUGGUGUUCGCCAUUUUAAAGCCAUGUUAAUGUAACUAUAUCUUUAUUGCUUUUAGGAUAUAUGUUGUAAUGUUUUACACAUGUUUUAGUUUACAAUGUCUUAUUGGAUUGUUUUUUAUUAUUAUUUUCAUCUCAAUGCUUAAUUUUUGUUGAAAAUUGACUCUUGUUACUGUGCAUUAUCUUGUACUAUUUUGAUGUGUUUGUACUCAUUUCAGGUAUUGAAUGUUUGCCUCUUUGUUUUGUGUCCAUAAACCACCCUGAGUCCCUUUGGGGAGAGAUCUAGAAAUAAAGUGUUGUUGUUGUUGUUGUUGUUGGUAUUGUUGUUGUUGCAUAGCGUGAACUGCUGCAGUGAGACUGGGCAUAGUUAGGAAAAUAAGGAAAAAUAAUUGUAGAAUGAUACAAUGCCUCCAAACCUCCCACCCUUGGAUUCUGUAUUUUGCUUGUGUUACAACUUGGAAUUAAAAUAGAUUCAAGUAACAUUGUUACCACUUGAUAAACACAAAAUAAUCAACACUGUGAAGGUGCAAAAUAUUUGUAUUGUGGCAAAGAUGUUAACUAAAAUAAAAAUCAUGAUCUGGA